AUGGGGAAGGAGGAGGACCCCCAUGCAUUUAUCGCCAUUUUUAUGGCCACGGCGGAAGCGUACGCAUGGCCGAAGAAAGAAUGGGGCGUACGUCUCCUGCCACUGCUAGCAGGGGAGGCGCAGAGAGCGGCGCUCAGCCUACCGGCGGCCUCCCGAGUACACUUCCCGGACCUGAGAAGGGCGGUGCUGGACCGGACCGGGUGCACCGCUGAAGACCAUCAACGCCGCUUCCACCCGGUCCACCAGCGCUUGCAGGAUUUUGCCCUGCUGGGCCACUUGCUGGAGGACCGACUCCAUCUGUUGUGGCUUGAUUCUGUCUCUUCCGGCUCAGGUGGUCCGGCCAUGUUGGGCGCCAAAUUGUUGCUUUUCAACAGUAGUCUGUUGGUCUCUCGCUCUCGCUCGCCCUCUUGCUCCAGCUCCAACAACCUCUCUCCUCCCGGUUUGCUGCUUACACAGAGUGACAGGUUUGUCUUGGUCUUCAGCUGCUUGGUCCUGUCUGUCUUCUCAACCAUUCCAGCUCAUCAGGACUUCUCCUCUGAAUGUCUUCUCAUUCUGGAGUUUGUCAUGAUUGUGGUGUUCGGGUUGGAGUACAUCGUCCGCAUCUGGUCAGCAGGAUGUUGCUGUCGCUACAGAGGAUGGCAAGGGCGACUCCGGUUUGUCAGAAAACCUUUCUGCGUCAUCGACAUCAUAGUGCUGAUUGCUUCAGUGGCGGUGGUGUCGGCAGGCAGCCAGGGCAACAUCUUUGCCACUUCAGUCCUGCGUAGCCUUCGAUUUCUGCAGAUCUUACGCAUGGUGCGGAUGGACCGGAGAGGAGGUACAUGGAAGCUGCUCGGGUCUGUGGUGUAUGCACACAGCAAGGAACUUGUCACCGCCUGGUACAUUGGCUUCUUGGUCCUCAUAUUUUCUUCAUUCCUCGUCUACCUGGUGGAGAAUAAGUUCAACAAGGAGUUUGCCACGUAUGCAGACGCCCUGUGGUGGGGCACGAUCACCCUAACAACCAUUGGCUACGGGGACAAGACACCAAAGACUUGGACAGGACGGAUGCUGUCUGCAGGGUUUGCACUGCUAGGCAUCUCGUUCUUUGCCUUGCCAGCAGGUAUUCUGGGCUCAGGUUUUGCUCUGAAGGUCCAGGAGCAGCACAGACAGAAGCACUUUGAGAAGAGGAGAAACCCUGCAGCCUACCUCAUCCAGUGUGUUUGGCGUAGUUAUGCGGCCGACGAACACUCGGUUUCCAUCGCUACCUGGAAGCCUCACUUGAAGGCCUUGCAUACCUGCAGCCCCACAAAAAAAGAACAAGGAGAAGCAACUACAAGCCAGAAGCUGAGUUUCAAGGAGCGUGUCAGGAUGGCGAGCCCACGCGGUCAAAGCAUCAAGAACAGGCAGACGUCCAUGAAUGACCGGCGCUCUCCAGCGGCAGACGGCGGUGCAGACGGCACCAGUCCUUCCAAGGUGCAGAAGAGCUGGAGCUUCAAUGACCGCACACGCUUCAGACCCUCACUGCGUCUUAAAAGCCAGUCCCGAUCCACCACUGAUGCAGACUCAAACACGACAGGAGAAGAUGGCUUUGAUGAGAAGGGUUGUCACUGCGAGAUCUCAGUAGAAGACUUGCUGCCCUCUGUCAAGUCUGCCAUUCGGGCUGUCAGAAUAAUGAAGUUCCACGUAGCAAAGAAGAAGUUCAAGGAAACGUUGCGUCCUUACGAUGUCAAGGACGUGAUUGAGCAGUACUCUGCAGGUCAUUUGGACAUGCUGUGUCGCAUUAAGAGUCUGCAAACCAGGCUGGACAUGAUAGUAGGCCCACAGCCCCUGAGCAGCCGAGCCAAGACCUUUUCCUCCCCCUCCUUGCCCCUCUAUUACAGCCAGGGCAGAAAGAACUCCACCCAGGGAGUGGACCAAAUCCUCGGUAAGGGCCAGAUUCCCCUGGACAAGAAGAUUCGUGAGAAGUUGCUGUCUGACGGAGAUCUCCUGGAGGACAUGAGCAUGCUGGGGCGUGUUUGUAAAGUGGAGCGACAGGUCCAAUCCAUUGAGUCCAAGCUGGACUCCUUGCUGGACAUUUAUCGGCAGGUCCUCCGCAAGGGCUCGUCCACGGCUCUCACCCUCUCGUCCCUCCCUCUGUUUGAGCUGGAGCAGACGUCGGACUACCAGUCGUCCGUCUUCAGCAAGGACCUGUCCUGCUCCAGCCAGGUCAGCAGCAGCGGCGGCACCAUGCCGCCACCCGGUGGCUGUGUCCCACGCUCAUCCACCAACCCUCACCUGUCCCAGGGAGGACUCCAUCUCAUUUUGGCCACACCCAAUGAGCUCAACCUCAACCCGGCCACCACUACACCCCCCUCUGGCCUUGGUUCCUCCCCGUUCAGCCCGUCCUCCUUGCCCAAUCACCUUUACCGCCACCAUCAUCACCUCCAGGAUCAGUCCAGCACACCUGAAAGUGGCAACGAUGAAACAGCAGGAAGCUCUCCCCCCGUCCUCACACCAAACAGUAUCAGCAGCGGCGGGGGUGGAGGAGUGGCAGAUUCCGGGUUUUGUCUUCUGGCGAGGCUUCCGCCACCACCGCCUACUAACAGGAAUGUAGGUCUGCGAGCUCCCUCCAAUGAAACUUCGCCCGACAUCGAAGACUUUUGCGGAGGAUUGGGAAUGCAAAUAAAGAAGAGCAGCAUUGUAGAGGAACUUAGCCCAGACUUGGGGCUCCAGCAGCUGGGAGGGCGCACCAACGCCAAGGGCCGACUGAACGCCAAGGAGGAAGGCUCCUGGAGAAGGCAUAUGAGUCUUGAACUGGAGCCCCUGGUGCCUUCCACCCUAAACUGCUGCUCAGUCCCCAGCCACGUGGACCAUAGCCUUGGGAAGUCUAUGUCAGUGCAGGACUUGAUGCAGACGGCCCAAGGCAGAGUGCCGGACCCCCACUGCGGCUCACCUCCAAGCCGCAGUACGACCAACAACUCGCCCGCCGGGUUCCGCAAAAGUUGCCAAGACCUCGGCGGAGACGGAAAAGGUGGCUGGGGGGACGAAGAUCUUUUCAUCAGCGACAGGGAAGCGACGAUGGAGGAGUUUGAAUUCCUGUCACACGGGACACUCGAGACUUCCCCCUACUCCUCAGAGCUCUCGGGGGUUCUGAGGAGAGCGGAGAGCACUCUGAGAGCGGAGGUGAAGGCGGGAGGGUCACGGGGGUCCAACCACAGCCUGGCCACCGGUCACUCAGCCUCGCACGCUGCUGGCAGCACUGAAUUAAUCAAAAUGCAGCGCGUGCGGUUAAAAUAGAUCAUCAGACCUCAUGCAAGGAAAGCUUCUAUCAUUUUUAAAAAAAAAUGUGAGCGUGAAGGCGCGAUUACACAGGAGUCGAUCACACCUGACUAGGUAGGUAGGUCUUUAUUGUCAUUGCACAAGGACAAGGGAACUUUGUUUUCGGCACAAACCCGUUCAAGAUUAGACAAACAAACAGUGUACAGGGUUACAGAACAGGAAUGCUGAUGGGUCGCCACAAGGCGCCCCGUAAAAGAUGCGGAAAAAGGUAAACGCUGGGGGAGGAUGAGUAAAAGAAUACAAUCUAGACUCUGGAGUGGGGAAAAAAAAAGCUCCAUAGCAAAGCAAAUAUACAUUUUACAACAUUUCGAGACUUGCAACAGAGGGGAGGGAGUGGGUGCCACGGUGGCGGGCUGCAGCUCUUCAGGCGCUGCCCAUCCGACUCUUGGAACAAAAUCACAAAACUGAAAACAAAUGUACAUGCCAUGACACUUUUUCAAUCCCGGAAACAAAUUUAGGUCUGGAAAAACAAUUGCGGUUGGUCCUAUUAAUGUUGACAACACACGUCGCAGCCCGCUGUGUUCUUCUCAUCACUAAAGCCACCAAAUUCAGUACUUUUAUAGGUACCAACCAAAUUCCGUCUGUACUACAGAGUACCAAUUUAUAUAAAAUCUAACGGUACUAUAUUUUCAUACCAUUGUUGUAUGUGACAUCUCAACUUCAGCACUCUGACUACCUCUAGGUAAUGUUGGAAUUGUUUCCAUGCCAACAAAACAAACGUGCCAGAUAGAAUAUAAGUGGAGCCUUGCUGUUUUUUCAAAAUGCACUACUUCAAAGAUAAUCUACAUUGCAUAUGCCAUAAACAUGCUACUCAUUAGUGAUUUUACAUUGCGAUUCCAACCGCUAAAUUUGGUAGGGAAAACAACAACUAAGA